AUGGCGGCGUGGCAGUACUUGAAGCACGGCGGCGGGGCUGAUGCUCUCUCGUUGAGCGACAACGUCCCCGUGCCUGUGCCGUGCAAGGGCGAGGUGCUGGUCCGCGUGCGCGCAGCGAGCAUCAACCCGGGUGACUGGAAGCUGCAGUCGGGUCUCAUCCCCUUCCUGCCGCGCCGCUUCCCCGCCACCGCUGGGUUCGACCUGGCGGGGAACGUGGUGGCAGUUGGGCCAGGUGUUACCAAGUACAGCGUGGGAGAUGCAGUCUAUGGAAGGGCGCCUUUCUUUAAAAUGGGAGCUCUGGCGCAGUACGCACUGCUGGACCAGCAAGGCAGCGCACGCAAGCCCUCCUCCCUCACCUUCGAGACCGCUGCUGCUCUCCCCAUUGCCGGUCUCACCGCCCUGCAAGCUGUGAGGGACUAUGCCGGCCUGCCUCUCCCUGCAUCUAAACCGAGUGGGGAAGGGAGUGGUGCCGCCAGCAGCGUGCAGCUGGCGAAGGCAGCAGGGGCACAUGUGACUGCCACUGUCGGCGCUCGCAACCUUGCCUUCGCAUGGAACGUGCUUGGAGCAGACGAGGUUCUCGACUACAAUUCUGCUGCAGGGAAACAGCUCUUCCCUUCCUCAUCCCCAACCUCGUCCCCUUCGCCUGUUACCAACCUUUCCAAUCCUCAUGCCGCACAGGUUGCUUCAUCUGCGGACCCCCCUGGCAGUGGGCUGUAUGAUGUGGUGAUUGAUUGCUCUCCCAACAGCUUGGCCGUUGCUGCUGUGGAUAAGGUUCUCCGUCCCGAGGGUAAGUGGGUGCAUGUGAUUCCCCCGUUCUCUGUCUUUGCUCUGGGGCUUUGGCGCCGGUUUGCCUGUCGCCCAAAGAAGAUUUAUAAUGUUAUGAUGGAGAACAGGGGGUCUGAUCUGGAGGUGGUGGGGAGGAUGGUGGAGGAGGGGAAGGUGAAGGUGGUGAUAGAGGGUACUGUGCCGUUUGAAGAGGCGAGAGAGGCGUGGAGGAGGAGCAUGGAAGGGCAUGUGACAGGCAAAUUGGUGGUUAGGAUGGAGUGA